GUAGCGACCCCGAUAUUCCGGGUUAUUUCCCACUUGUAUAAACCUUGGCGCGAUCUUUAAGACUCUGUCUCUCUCCGGCAAUUGUCUCUAAACACGAGGGGUCAGUUUUAUGCGAGGGGGUUACGGGUGUUAUGAAGGAACCUGCUCGUUGACAAAAAUAUAUCAAGUUUACACGUGUUGACACCUGUUCACAAUGGAUGAAUGUCAGAACUCAAAAUUAAAUGACCUGCAGCAGCGUCUACAGGAAGCAGAGAAGAAUGCUAUUUUAGCAGCAACAUACGGCAAGCAGCUUUUGGAAGAAAAUCAUGAUCUUCAUACUAAACUUGAAGACACUUUCAAGGAAUCUACAACUAAAAUAGAGGAACUCCAACAGCAAAAUCACUGCAUAUCUUUGAAGUUAGAGGCCAAGAUUGCAAUAGAACGCUCCUUGUCACAAGAGUUGGAACACCUUCGUGCACAACACAAACAAGAGCUCUCAUCUCAAGCUCGCAGCCAUGGACAAGAAAUUCUUAAGCAUACUAAGAAGGUGUCGGAGAUGGAAGCAGCUGCAGAGAGCCAACAGAUGAAGCUUAAUCAAAUGGAAGAACACAUUGUUCUGUUAAAAACACAGCUUAAGGAUGUUCAAGAGAAACUUGAGAUGUGCAAUUUCUCCAUUCAUGAGCAGUCAGUUGAUGAGACAACAGCAAGCAUGCAGAGUCAAAUUAUGACCUUGUCAUGUGAGAAACAGGAAUUAGAGGUGCAAAUGUCAUCUAUGAAAGCUGAGAUGAAGACUGGCAAGCACAAAUUGGCUAAAGCAGAAGAUGCUAUAACCAGACUAAAAGCAGAACUAGAAGAAAAGGAAUGUCAGUGUACUUCAUACUACAAUGCACUGGAGCAAAAUAAAACCGACAUGCAGGAGCUUAGAAUGGAAAUUGAUAGCCUGAGAUUGGCAGAGACUGACCCAGCCAGAAAAGGAAACUCUCUCUUUGCUGAAGUUGAGGACCACAGACAGGCUAUGGAGAAGCAGUUACUCAGUUACAAAACUAACUACACAAUAGCUAAGAAGCAGAAUGAACUGAAAAGUCAACAGAUUAAUAAAAUGAAGCUGCAGUUGGCUUCAUUACUAAGUUUGAGCAGCGUUAAAUCGGAUGGGGAUUACCUCACUCGUCUCGAGGAAUCACUGGCAAGUGCAAGAACCCAACUAGAGAAGUUUGCAAAGAGGUGUCAGGAGCUAGAAUCUCAACAGGAUACCACUUCUAGUUCUCAGAUAUAUAUAGGGAAAGAUGGAGAAGAUAGGAACAGUUUGUUUCAAGGUUUAUAUUCUGAAAGUCAAACAAAAAUUGCCGAGAUUGGUCAAAAGUUGCGCACAGCAGAAUUUGACAAGGUAGUGUUGAGUGACCGUGUACUGCAGUUGCAGCGAAAGCUUCGGCAGGCUGAAGUCAAUCACGAUGCAUCCCGGGCUGAAGCAAUAAGGCUGAGGGUCAGACUGGAAGAAAUGGCAUCAAAGAAAGGCGAAAAGAUGUCUAUAUUUUCAGAUCCUAGUAUAAAAGAACAGAAAGUGUAUGUUGAGAAAAUUCCUGACUUCGAGAAACUUGUAUCCCAUACCACAAAGUCUCAAGUUAUAGUCCCUGAAGAGAUUGUUCCUCUAAAAGAGAAAUUGUUGGACCCAAACACCAUGAAAGAAGUUGACAAACCAGUUGAAAAAUUAUCCAUCUCAAGUACCAGUGUUGGAAAUGGUGUGGAUAACAGUAAAAGCCCAACUGCGGAAAAUCAAGAAAAUGUUCUGUCGUGUGCCGUGGAGCUUCAGAAAAAACGGAAGAAAUGUGUUCGCAUGACUGAAACUGCUUCUAUCCAAGAUUGUGACGGUGAAGUUCAAGAAACCAAACUGAAAUUUGAAGAAGGAAAGAAAGUUGAAAAGAAACCAAAGGUGCUGAGAAAAAUGGAAGCUCCAGUGAUAAGGAUCCCCAAGAGUGGACCAUCAGAGGAGUGUAAGCAACAGUAACUACAAAAGUAUAAAAGAUAUACUAAGUGCAAUUGUUAAACCAUAGUAUAUGUAUAUAUUUUCUUCAUUGACCUGUUAAUGCAUUGUAAAUAUACUGCAUAUUAUAAAUACUAUGCAUUCUAUCAUUUUCAAAUUGGUAUUCAAUACUGUAUUUAAAGCAAUGGCUAUUUUUGUAAGACUAUAAUUUGUAAACUAUUUUGUAUUUUGAAGGGAAGGAUUGUUUAAAAGAAAUACAUUUAGAAUCCACAUGUCGAGAGCUCCAUGGACGGUGACAAAUUUUUUUUUAGUAGUAACCCAUCUGGCCUAUGUUGCCUAUGGACAUGUUACUGUACUUAUAUCGGCAAUAGAAUGGCUUCGGCUUCCCCUCACAGAUGAUUGUUUACCAAGCACACUGUAGUAAUCUCUUAAUAGUGUGCUACACUUGUGCUGUCACACACACAUAUAUAUGUCAAAAGUUCUCCCACUCUUCAUCUUGCCUGCAGUAUCUGCCAUUUCAUAUUGCUUCCCUACAACUCCUACUGUUCAAAACUGUCCUCAGGAAUUUUCCACGCACCUUUUUUUAACGUGAAUUUGAAAUUACUUUAAUUUUUCUGAUCGCUAGGUCAGUGUAACAUUCUUUCACAAACAUUUUUAAUGUGUACUCAUGAAUCUUUAAUAAAUAAUUUCAAGCACUCAAGAUAUUUGAGGAAGAAUAUAUAUGAUACUGCAUGUGGUCACUGAGGUUAUUACAUGUUAUAUAUGUAAGUACAGUAUAUGAAACUAUAAAUGUACAGGUACAGUAUAUCAGAAAUAAUAAUACAUUUUAAAUUAUAA